AUGAUGCUCUUGGAACCCGGUUAUCUAUGUGCCUACGAUUUUCCGUUGGUUCACUUCUCGAGACAGAAGAAAAUCGUGACCAGUGAGGUCUUAGAUCAAUAUGCGGUGGAUAGUCCAUCAACCAGUCGAGCUGGUUCACCAUCUGAAGAGAAUUCGCUCAACUCGGCACAAUCAUGGUCGGCAGCGAUUCAAGCAGCGUUGAUGCCGGUCACACCACAAUCGUCAAUAGGCGGUCAGAAACGAGCAAACGACAUGGCGAAACUGAAAGUGCCCAAUGAAGGUCAGUCAGAUUAA